CCCACCCAAUUUGAGUUGAUUUAACAAAAAUUUCUGGUUCAAUAUGUUUGAAAAUUUUAAAUUUUACUCUUUGCUUGUUAAUGCCUUUCUUCUGGAUUAUAUUGCAACAGAGGAAAUUCAACAAUGUAAAAAUGUGCCGAAAAUUCUCGAAUCUUAUGCGAUCUGCUGUGAGCCUCCUCAGUUUCACGAAGAAAACAUCAUCCAAGAUUGCAUAAAUCAGUUCAACAGCUCGAAAUUCACUGUGGAAGAGAAAUUUUGUAAAAUUUCGGACUGCUUUUUCAAGAACAGCAAUUUUCUUAAGCCCGACGGAUCACUGGAUAAAAGCAACAUGAACAACUAUUUCGAAACUCAUAUAAGCAACAGCACCGAAUGGAUUGACGUCUUCAAAACGUCAGCUAUUGAACCUUGCGUCCAACUGAUUGACGAAAACUAUCCCGAAAUGCAAAACUUCCUCGAGUCAAACGAGGUGAGAAUUUUGCCCUCCUCAUCGCAGUGUGCCACGAAGCCUACCUUGGUGUCGUUCUGUAUGGAACUAAAAUUGAUGGCGGUGUGUAUUGUUAAGCGCCUACUAAUGUAG